AUGGAAUUACUACAAGUGCCCGUUAACCACCGUCGCCGCAGACGCGUCGACGAUGAAGACGACGAAGAAACAUCGACCAGGGCAACAACCCCGCUUUCGCAAUCAUCCAACGGCAGCAAGCGCGCUCGACUCGAUGGGCCUGUUGAUAGAAGCGGCGACGAGGAUGAGGAUGAGAGCGAGGACGUCGAAAACGAUCGUAAUGGUGAAGGUCAAAACCUCGUCAAAGUCCUCCCCGCAGGUUCUAGAAGCCAAGGCACCUUUCAACCUGGCGCAAUUGUGCGGAUGAAAUUGAAAGAUUUCGUCACCUACACUAAGGUCGAGUAUUACUUCGGCCCAAUGCUGAACAUGAUUAUCGGCCCAAACGGUACCGGAAAGAGCACAUUGCAUCUCGGACGUGCGAAAGAGGCAUCUGAAUUCGUCAAGCAUGGAUGCAAAGAAGCAGUAAUUGAGAUAGAACUUGCCGGUGGUCCCAAUUAUGGAAAAAAUCCUGUGAUUCGUCGAGUUAUCAAAGUUGAAGGCAACAAAAGCACGUUUACUAUUGAUGGAGUAGACGUAACCAGGAACAAAGUUAUGAAAUUCGCUCAAAAGUUUUCCAUUCAGAUCGACAACCUCUGUCAAUUCCUUCCGCAGGAUAAGGUUAGCGAAUUUGCAGCACUUACGCCUGUUGAGCUGCUCGCGUCUACUCAAAGAGCUGCAGCUGGACCGCAGAUGCUUGAAUGGCACAAUGAUCUCAUCCGUUUAAGGGCCGGGCAAAAGAAGCUGCUCGCGGACAACAAAAGCGACCGAGAUCUGCUCACUAACUUGGAAAAUCGACAGGAAUUGCAAAGAGCGGAUGUAGAGCGAAUACAGGAGAGAGCGAAGAUCAAGCGACUCAUAGAGAUGCUCGAAUUUUACCGACCUGUUGCUGCCUAUUUGGAUUACCGUAAAAGGCUCACAGAAACUAAAGCUAAAAAGCGUGAAAUCGAGGGGGCAUACAAACAAUUGGAAGAUGAAUUGGCCCCGGCCUUGCAGGCAGUCAACGAGAAACGGGAUUAUUUGACCCGAACAGACAGUCUUGUCGAGUACAAGCGUCAGAAAUUCGCCGAGGCAGAAAGUGCUGCUAAGGAGGUUGCAAGGCGGAUGGACACGCAUGAGGAGUCGCUCAAGAACCUAACCAGUCAGAUUGAAGCAGAAAAGAAAACUGGCAAAAUUUACAAACAGGACAUGAACAAAAUCCAACAAGCAAUCAACAGAAUCACCCGGCAAAUGGAGGAAAAACCCGAGGAAUUUGACAUUGACUCCUACAAUGAUAGAAUUCGGACUCUGCAAAGAGAGAUGAGAGAUAUCGAAAGCCGAGCCAGGGAAAUCAGAGCUGGUCGCCAGCCUAUCUACGAGAGACUGCACGAAAAAAGGGGUCAGAUUCACGACGCUGAAAGAGAAAUAAACAAUUUGAAUUCGAAAAGCGGUCAGCGAGAAGCUUUGCUUAAAAAGCUGUCCCCCGACACAUACCAGGCCCAUCGAUGGGUUUUGGAGAAUGCGGAUAAAUUCGAGCAUGAGGUUUUUGGUCCAGCUCUCAUCACAUGUUCUGUGAAAGAUACAAAUUAUGCCGAUGCAAUUGAAUCUCUUCUACAAAAGAAUGAUUUCACGGCGUUUACAACGCAGAGUCUUCGCGAUUUCAGGACCUUACAGAGGGCCUUGAACGUGGAACUGAAGUUACAUGAUGUCAGCAUUAGGAAUUGUUCAACAAAGUUGAGUGAUUUCAAACCUCAGAUCUCGGAUGAGGAACUACGCAGUCUCGGUUUCGACGGCUGGGCUAAAGACUUCCUCGUCGGUCCGGAUCCUGUCCUAGCGAUGCUCUGUAAUGAACAAUACCUUUUUAGAACACCAAUUGUUCUUCGAGAAAUCAGUGAUCAAGAAUAUGCUCGAAUGGAGAGCCACAAUGCAAUUAACAGUUGGGUUGCUGGCAAACAAACAUACAAGGUCAACCGAAGGAAAGAGUACGGUCCUGGCGCAACGUCGACACAGGUUAGACAAGUGCGUCCUGCAAGAUUCUGGACAAACCAGCCAUUGGAUGUCUCAAUGAAGCAAGACUUGCUGGAUUCGAUAGAGCAGAAUAAGAACGAUAUCGUGGAAAUUCAGAAGGAAAUCGACGCCGCAAAAGCAGAACUCGCUCGCAUUGGCGAAGAGAAUACGCAAAAGAAAACUGAAAAGACCGAAUUGGAGCGCCAGAAGUCAGAGAAACAGACAGCUCUGCUCAAUUUCCGGGCACUUCCCGAAAAGCUAAGUGCCUAUCCAGACAACCAAGAGGCGAAAAAGCGAGAUUUAGACAAGAGUUUUGAGACACUGCGUGCAAGGGUUAGGUCAAUUCGCGGGAAACAAGAUCAAAUUGCGAUUGAAAAAGCGGAAACGGCUAUUGAAUAUGCUGAGGCAGUGGAGAUCUUACGACAGACCCACGAAGAUUUAGUGCAAGCUCAUAUCAGAAGCAUUGAAGCAUUAUCUGAUUUUGAGAAUUUGAAAGAUCGGAACCAGGAAAUCGAACAAACCCUGAAUGCUAAGCGUAAGGACCUUGAAAACGCCAUCGCAGAGGUUGAAGAGGUGUCUAGGCGGGCAGGGGAAGCACGAAAUAAAGCCAGCGCAACCAUGACAACUCUUCAAACUCAACCCGAUAUGGUCGAACUGUUUGGUUCUGAUGAAUAUCGCAACAUAUCUGCCGAUCAACUUGAAGCAAAUAUUGACUCGGCUAAAGCGAGCCUAGAACUAACUCAUGAAGGCAGCGAAAGCAUCGUUAAGGAGUUUGAAGACCGUCAAAAGGCAAUUGACAAACUUCAAGACAAGCUGUCUAGCUAUCAAGAAAAGCUUGCCGAUCAUGAAAUCGGCAUCCGGGAAAUUCGCAGCCAGUGGGAACCGCGGCUUGAUGCUCUCGUGAAGACGAUUUCAGAUGCGUUUUCUGACUCGUUUGCUCGAAUCGGCUGUGCUGGGCAGGUGACUAUUGACAAGGUUGAAGACGAGCCGGGACCAAACGGUGAACCCGGUGGAAGCGAUUUUGACCAAUGGUCAAUCCAGAUUCAGGUCAAGUUCCGUGAAACGGAAAAUCUCUCAGUGCUAGACUCUCAUCGGCAGUCUGGUGGUGAGCGCGCUGUCAGUACAAUCUUCUACCUAAUGGCGCUUCAAUCUCUUUCCGCGUCGCCGUUCCGUGUAGUCGACGAGAUCAAUCAGGGUAUGGACCCGAGAAAUGAAAGAAUGGUCCAUGAGCGCAUGGUUGACAUUGCAUGCGCACCACGAAACCCUUCACCCACUGCUGAUGGUCUCUCUGGAGGAGGAGGCAGUCAAUAUUUCCUCAUCACGCCAAAAGUACUCAGCGGUUUGUACUACAGUAACGGCAUUAGAGUGCAAUGCAUUGCCAGCGGUGAACAUGUACCUUCGGACUUCCACAUGACUGAUUUCCGCCAUGCCGUUCAAAUCAUGGAUAACAUAACUGGCAGAGCGCCACGUGCAAUACGCAGCGGUAUUGCAGGAGAUACACGCCAGGGAAGGGGUAUCAACCACAAUGGUGGGAUCAAUAAUUCCACUACCCCCAUCUACGGCUAA